UAAUUCGUGAUUCCAAUUCAUGAGCUGGUGAGGAAUGGUCUCAAACAUGUCUGAACCUGCAAGCGUCAGAGAGGGUCCACUUGAUAUAGCCGACUUGAGUUCUUCACAGUUGGGGGUCAGCCAUUUCAGCCCCCCACGGACAGCAUCGAACUUCUUGGGAUUUCCGGUCCUUUGAUGUUUACCGACCCACUUGACAUUUUCCAGACAUGCUCGAACUUGGGAUUUCCGACCCUUUGACUUCACCGACCCACUUGACAUUUUCCAGACAUGUACGAACUUGUAUCUACUUGGGAUAUCCGGCCCUUUUAUGUUUACCACUCCCAUUUCUCGGAAAAUCGUUGUUUAAAUAAUGUGUAUUUGUUUAUUUAAUGUUGAAAGUGGAGGGUACAAGAGUGGGGGGUUGAUGUAUAUAACCAACAAAAUUUCUAUGUCCACCAUCAGUUCGGUACAUCGUUCUCUAUGAAGAACAGUCUCCAGCGACAGGAAUUUAAGAAACGUUUAAAUCUUCUCCUCAAGAACAUUCAAGAAGUGAAACAAGUUAUACAGUUUCGCAGUGACAUUCGACUACUCUGCUGCAAUCUUCAGAAGACUCAAAUUCAAGCUUAAGUUUGAUACUCGAGUGAAAAUUCAUCAUGGAUUUCAACAAAAUCAACGCUGUGGCACAAUUGAAAGAUCUUCCUCUCGUGAAACUUGAGGAUUUGGAAGCUGGAGCUUUCUACAUCAUCACCGCAGCUCGCAAGGUGAAUACAAAAUAUGGAGUGGGUGUUAUUAUCCAUCUCUCGGACUCUCAUUCAGUCUUUGUGAAUACUAGACUGGCCAAGUUCUUCGCUGAGAAUAUAAAGAUGUUCGAGAAUUUCCAAAAAUAUAUCGGAAAAGGUACAAUAACAUUGGAAUAUUUGGGAGGAAAAUACCACAAUAUCCGCCUUCACCCCGAUCCAAUGCUGCUGCUUGCAAGCCCUGCUGAUGAGGUGAAUUUUGACGUUAUCAACGCUGUCGCAGAGUUCAAAGAGCUGCCCCUGAUAAAAAUAUCUCAAUUGCAGCGUAACUAUGUGUACACCAUCACUGCAGCCUUCAAAGUAGAGACAAAAUAUGGUGUAGGAGUUAUUUUGCAUUUGUCGAAUGCUCAUUCUGUUUUCGUGAAUAACAGAUUGGCCAAGUUUUUUGAGGAUAAUCCUAAACAAUUUGAGAAUUUUUGCAAUCAUAUCGAAAAGGGUUCACCAACGUUGCAGUAUUCCGGAGGAGAAUCUAACGCCGUCUUCAUGCAACCUGAUCCGAACGUGAAAGUUGAAAAUAAGGCAGAUCAAGCGCAUUUCGACAAAAUCAAUGCUGAAUUAAGAGAACUCCCACUGCUCAAACUGUCUCAGCUGGCAUUGAACACUCGAUACACCAUUACCGCAGCUUUGAAAGUUAAUACAAAGUAUGGAAUGAGUGUAAUCGUUCAUUUAAAUAAUGCCCAUUCAGUUUUCCUGAACCGAAGGACGUCAAAAUUCUUCAUCGAAAAUCCCAAACAAUUCGAUGGCUUGUUGGAUGAAAUCAAGCGAGGAUCAGCCAAGUUGGAAUACCUGGGUGGGGAAUACAAUGAAAUUAAAUUCCAUGCAGAGGAUGAGGGGAGUACAGCUUAAAUGACGAAUGAAAUAGAACAAGGAUCUUUUUUU